AUGUGGUGUGCGCACACCUGCACACCUAGACACCAGCCGCCACUGCAACAAAGUUCAAAUAUUAAUUAUACAUCUGAACCUGAAGAAACAUCACUUACGGAGAUAUCUGAAAUUUGGCAAAGUUUUGAAUCACAAAAGUCCAAGUUGGAGGCAAUAUUAGGGCAAGUUUUAAUGCUUAAUGCUACUCAAGCUAAAAUGUGUACAUAUUUAGAGACACUCAAUAAAAAAGUAAACAUGGUUCUGGAAGCAGACAAACGUCUUCGAGCACUAGCAUUUCUGCAACCUAAAUUAUCUGCAGCGUUUAUUGAUCUUCUUCCUAUUUCUACUAUGGAGGACUUAAGUGAAGUUGAGCGGCUGUUACAUCCAGAUUCUAAUGAUUUAAUGAGAAAUAAGGAAGACUUGAAGUCUUUUUUGCUCUUUAAAAUUGGAAAUAAACAUUUGAAUUCAGCAGUACGGACUGCAAUGAGUUUUGUUAUGACCCGCACAAUUGCAGCAAAUUUUAGUUUUAAAGGAAAAACUAAAUUGAAAUUCAGUAAUUUGAAUAUUUUUAAAGUUAUAUCAGAUACAUUAUCUGGAUACAUAAUAACUCCUGAAGAUGAAGUAUCAUUUACUGAUGUAGUACAAAAUUGGUUAAAACAUGCACUAAUUCCAAAAACAAAAUGUAACACUGCAGUACCACCACAAAUGAAGAAAAUAUUGUCCAGAAAAAUGACCUUUGUAAUGAAUAAUACAUAA